AUGCCUGCUCGUCGUUCGCUCGGCGCUGUCGCCGGUCCAUCGGCUACUGCAGCCGCACCGGUGGUCGAGCUUCACCCGAUCACGAAGCGACUUCGCAAGAUGUGGAAGUUUGCUGCCGUCUGCCAGUUCCUCUUCGUCUUUGACGAGGCUUUCGGCAUGAGCGGCUUCGAGACCGAGGCGCUCGAGCUCGACUUUGAGAACAACGAAUCCAACGUCGUCCCCGAUCUCAUCAAACGUCUGCUCUACACCUUGACGCUUGACCGCACCAUCGACUUUGACAACUGGCAGCAUCACUUGAGGGCUCAGUUCAACCUUCGCGACGUCGAUGCCACUAGCCGCUUCGGCACUUCAGAACAACCCAUCGACUGGGCGCAGCUCUGUCUGGAGGACAAGAUCGCCACCCUCCACGACCUUUGCGAAUGGCAGCUCAUGGACCCAGAGAGGUUCCGCAAACUCGUCAAGUCGGAAGAGGACAUCACAACGUGGCGGGUGUCGCCAAUCGGCUGGGAUGCCGGCGACAAUGCAUACUGGCUCUUCGACGACAACCGCAUCUGGAUCCAGCGUCCGCAGCCACUCCCCAAACCACCUGCCAAGACCCGUGCGCCCGCCAAGAAAGGCUCCAAGCGGGCUAGAAUGGAAGCUGCUGCUGCGCGACGUGCGAGUUCGGGGGCUGCGAAACCAAUUACAUCGUCAAAAUCCUUUACCAGCAAGCGCAGUCGUCCAUCAGACGUGACGCCGAGCUCGACGCCGUCCAAGCGAACAAGGUCGUCGCUCACGGACUCAGCCGCUUCCACACCAUCAAGGCUACCACCAAGACGUGGAACCAGGACAUCAGCCCGCUUUGCACCUCAAGAGGAUGAGGCGGCUCGUACUCCUUCGAACGGUCGUGCUUCGCGGACGGCAGGUGCAACCUAUUCGUCCGACUCGGAGCUCAGCGAGCCGCCCGAGACGCUGGAGGAUGAUGACGAUCAGAAGGACAACGCCACGGAAGAUGACAAAGACGUCGAGAUGAAUGAUGAGGCUGGGGCAGAAGCAGAAACAAGUAAUACAAAAGAAGACGAAGCGGAAAAGGGCGCAGCAGGCGAUGACGACAACCACGACAUGGAGACUGGCAAGGACGCCACCGCUGAAGAUGAAUGGGUCGAGUUCGAGGCCAUCGUCGUCACUCGCCAGGAGUGGCUUGACUUUGCCAAACGCUUCGCCAAGUCGAAGGACCCCAACGAGAAGAAUCUGCACCAGUUCAUCAACAACGAGAUCCUCGAACAAGUGCUCGAGGCCAUGGACGAAGUCGAGCGCCAGCGUGCUCUGGAACUCGCGCUCGCCAACCGAAAGCGAUCUAGCCGUAUUGCCAUCAAGGAGUCGGAACGAGAGGAACGCGAGCGAGACCGCGAAGCUCGUGCCAGGAUGGAGGAAAAGAUGGCUCUGAUUCGAAAGGAAGAGGAACAGAAGCGUCAGAGGGAAGAGGAGGAUCAGCAAGCCCAGAUCUCGAGGGAAACGCGACUUCGCGAACGAGAAGAGCGUCUGCGCGCCCGCGAGCUCGAGAUCGAGACCAAAGCCAUUCGCGAAGAGGAGGAGCGCGAACGAAGAGAAAAUGAACGUCAGGAACGCAUCCGCCGACGCGAGGAGAUCAUCGCCAACGGAGGCAUCCCGCCACCCUCAAAGGAGUCGACGCCCGUGCCAGAAGAUUCUUCGCUAGCCGUCAAAGGCGCUGCUGCGGAAGAGGAGGAGGAAUGGGAGCUCAACUGCGAAGUCUGCGGCAAAGCCGCCAUCAGUCCGCCUGACGAGGACGAUGAGAUUGUCUGCUGCGAGCAAUGCGGCGUCUGGCAACACAUCAAGUGUUGGGACAGCUUUGACAAACAGAUCCUCGGUCUCAAGAAGAAGCGAGACUGGGAAUCCGUCGACUUUUUCUGUUCCAAGUGCCGUCCGCCUUCGGCGGGCACGCCGGCUCCGCAUCCUGGCAUCCUUUCACGACGCGACAAGUCGAGUCCGCGCAGCAACAAACGCACGAGCGAUGGAGCAGAGUCUCCUUCACGCAAGGCGAGUGAGGCGGUCGCGUUGGAUGGUAAAGCAGAAUCGCCGAGGCCAAAGAUCAAGCUCGUGUCCAGCGGCAAGGCCGCCGAGCCGGUCAAGAUGCAAGAUCCAGCAUCGGUCAAUCCGUCUAUCCGCGCCGUCAGCGAUGAGCUUGCAAAGCCCACACCUGCUCCGCAAAACUUGCGACCUCCUACCGCAGGUGCACAGCCCGCCGAGACGGGUGCGUUGACCUCGUCAGGUGCAGCAUCCAGACCCAUUCCUGCAAAGACCGGACUGGGCCAGCUUCCGCCUCCCUCUAGUCACUCUGUGCCGAACGGAGCCAACGAUGCGUCGUCGACUGUCGGACGGCCUCUGCUUCCGGCUGCCAGCAUAGGCGGCCUCGCUCCUACUGCUCCCUCCAGCAAGCCCACCAAUGGAAGCAAUGCUUCGGCUCGGCAAUCCCAAAACGGUCCAGCGCUCGGCAUGGGACGACCAACGCAGCCGCCGCAGCUGCCUGCAAUCAGCUCGCCACGCUCGCCUUCGUCUGGUGGUGCCUCUCCAAGUCCUGCAUCAGCCGCGCAGGGCAACGGGGCUAGCGCCAUGUCACCACGCUCCCCGUCGUGUGGAGCCACAUUGGGAAGCCCUGGUUUCCGGCGACCCUCUCAGCCGUCCGGUUCGUUUCCGAUGCGCCACACUCCGGCCAAAUCGCCCUUGUCUCGACCUUACGAUUCCUCGGCCUCGCGGAAUGGCGAUCCGCCCACCAAUGGGUUCAGCCUAGGACCUGCUCGUGCUUCGAGUCCCUCGGCCAGCCGUGGGACCUCGGGGCACUUUGCUAGCCUCGGCGCAACGGCUCAGACGCUGCAUCCAUCCUCCGCUUCGGCCGACGUUGCUGUGGCGGCAGCACCUAACGCACCUUCGGUCACGGCUUUGGGCAACGUAUUCGGACACGUGUUCUCGCCCGCUUCUUCGGCAGCUGGUGCGUCGGGAGCAGCAGCGAUUGCUUCGCCGAACAACGCCGCAGCUGCCGCACCUGCACCUGCAGAGACGCUGUUGAGCUCGCCGUCGCGCCUACAAGCCUCACCAGCCGGGCCCGGCAGCACCAGCGAGGCCGCAAAGCAGGACGCCCCUCGUGAUGUCGAUGUCGCCGCUCGUUCCUCGAUUGAUGGCGAUGCAGCAAAUGGCAACGAAGCAAUGAAACCCGGUGUUGCAGCUGCCAGUGCUUUGCGUACACUGGAGCUCGGUUUGCAAGCAUCGCCUGUCGCAGGCGGAAAAGCCGAACCCAAGCAAGAUGGCAACUCGGCCGCAAAAGCGGAAGUCGUCGAGCUUCCACCGACCCACAUACAAAGUCCCUGA